AUGGGAGCUGCAGCAAGUACACCAUCUGCGCCAACAGUGGAGCCACCUGCGGCAACUUGCCCUGUGGACCACAAAACUCGUGAAAUAUGGCUGCAACAAAAUAGCAACUCACCCCAUGCUACCUCCGAUGUCCCUGCCGAACAGGCACAACCACGUGCCAAAGCACAACGACCCUUAUCGACAGACCGCGAAGUGAGCAGUAUUCCUCGAGCUGGUGAUUUUAGCGCCGCAAGUGCCUGUCCCGAGGCCAACAAGGCGUCGUCAUCUCCAUACGCUGCCUCACAUGGUACCCCAUCCAACGCCGAAUCCGAAACUGGCCGCGAUGAAGCUACUGGAAACUGGAUCUAUCCUUCGGAAAAACAGUUUUUUGAGGCUUUGAUGCGCAAGGGUAACACUCCUGGAUCUACUGCCUCGGCCUCAGAACUCGCAACCUCCGUGGCCUCCAUUAUUCCCAUUCACAAUGCCGUCAAUGAACGCGCAUGGGACCAGAUUCUUGAAUGGGAGAAAAGGGGCCCCACAACCGACCCAGGGAGUAAGAAAUGUGGAGGACCAAAAUUAUAUUCUUUCCGGGGACUCGGAGUCGACCCAAAGUACCUGAGUCCGCGUGCGCGAAUCAAUGGAUGGCUUGGCUACCAGCACCCAUUUGAUCGACAUGACUGGAUUGUUGAGCGUUGUGGCGGUGAAAAGGUUGAAUAUGUUAUCGAUUUUUACCAGGGCAAGACAUCGGAAGGCAAUGGAACCCCAUCGGGCCUGGCUGCUAAUGCCAAUGCCAACCCCGGGAAGCUCAGUUUCUUCCUUGACGUUCGGCCCAAAUUGAACAGUUAUGAAGGCUGGAGGCUGAGGUUCAACCGCUUCACAGGUCUAUGA